UUUGCACCAGAUUCCUUGGAGAGGACCUUUUUGGUUCGUGUCAUUGCUCAGCUGAGCUAGUAAUGGCUAAUGAUGAUGAUUUCACUUUUUGUCAGGUUGGUGCACCUGAUAAUCAAGAUUAUGUGGAUGCACAGAAGAUUGCUCAAGAUAUUAGUGAAAUUAGAAUAAAAGAUGAGCCCUCAAAUAAUGAUGGUACUAGUCAAAGUAAUGGUGCACCAUGGGAAGGUAAAUUGGGCAACAUUACUACCUCAAAGAAGCAGGGAACAGUUGGUUCUUUGUCUUUCACUGUUAUAGACACAUCUCCAGGCAAGCAAGCAAGUGGAACUUCUGGUCAAGUGGCAUCAAAAGAUGGUGGAUUUUCAGUCCCAACUUAUCAGAAGCAAAUAAAACCUGCUAGGAAGCCUGUAGCUCGAGCCAAGGUCCCCUAUGAGAAGGGUUAUAGUCAGAUGGACUGGCUAAAGCUUACAAGAACACAUCCUGACCUUGCAGGAUUGAAAGGACAGUCCAACAGGAGACUUAUAUCAAUAGAUGAGGUUAAGGAACACCAAAAUGCAGAAGCAAUGUGGACUGUUCUUAAAGGGCAUGUCUACAAUAUAACACCAUACAUGAAGUUUCACCCAGGAGGUGUAGACAUGCUGAUGAAGGCCGUAGGAAAAGAUUGCACGGCAUUGUUUAACAAAUACCAUGCUUGGGUUAAUGCUGAAGUUCUAAUGGAGAAAUGUCUUGUGGGCAUUUUGGAUGACAGCAAAUGAAAACUUUGUUCCAUUGAUCCCAGAAACUACUGUAUCAGAGAAACAUUCUCACUACAAGAAGAUUGUUCUUAACAGAAGACGAGACAUUUUUGCUUCUUCUGAGGAAAAGCUUACAUACCAUAGUAUAUUGGACUAACUAUUUACAUACUCAAGGGUUUUGAAUUUUUAAAGCUGUAUGUCAAAGAAACUGUCUGAAUCUUGGACUAAUAAAAUUUCAAGAAGCAGAAGUAUCCUCUGUUAUAUUCA